AUGCAGUUGGAUGAAGAUGUUGGAAAAGUAGCCCAAGCAACACCCAUUUUAAUUUAUCAAGCAUGUCAAGAAUCUCGUACUCGUAAUGCCAAGCGUUUAUCAGUAGCUCACUUGAAAAAAACCAUCGAAACAGUUGAUCAGUUUGAUUUCUUAAAAGACAUUGUGUCAAGUAUUCCAGAUCCCUUAGAAUCACAUCCUUCCGAUGACCCUCCCAAACCAGUACGAGCAAGCAGAAAACCAAGAACAGUGAAAGAAGAAUAA